AUGUCGGUCCCCAAAUCCGGCAUCAAAGUCAUCGUAGUCGGCGCCGGCUUCGGCGGCCUGACCGCCGCCAUCGAGUGCCACCGACAGGGCCACGACGUGAGCAUCUACGAGAACUUCCCCGAGCUCAAGACGCUGGGCGACAUCAUCUCGUUCGGGGCCAACGCGGGCCGCAUCUACCACCGGUGGUCGGACGGCAAGAUCGCGCGGCGACUGCGCGAGCUGUGCAUCGACCUGUCCGGCUACGGCUUCCGCAUCCACAAGUACGACACGGGCGAGGUCGUCUACCACCAGCCGACCCCCAAGCAGGACCCCACGGCCCCUGUGCUCAACGGCCACCGCGGCGAGCUGCACGAGGUCGUCUUCAAGUACGCCCGCGACGAGCUCGGCAUCCCCAUCCACCUGGGCCAGCCCGCCGUGGAGUACUUUGAGGACGAGAACCAGGCGGGCAUCGUGUUGAAGAGUGGCGAGCGUCUAGUUGCGGACUUGGUGAUUGGCGCCGACGGCGUGAGGUCCAAGGCGAGGGAGUUGGUGCUGGGAUACGUCGACAAGCCGAAGAGCAGCGGGUAUGCGGUGUGGCGAGCAUGGUUCUCCAACACCGACAUGAUCAAGGACCCACGCACGAGCGAGUUCUGCGCCAACGGCGACACUUUCAAUGGCUGGAUCGGGCCAGACGUGCACUUCUUGUUCAGCACCAUCAAGGGCGGCAAAGACUGCUGUUGGGUGCUGACCCACCGCGACGAACACGACAUUGACGAAUCGUGGUCCUUCCCGGGCAAACUCGAGGACGUCUACAAGGUGCUGGAGGGCUGGGACCCCGUCUGCCGCGCCAUCGUCGAAAAGACGCCCAGUGUGGUGGAUUGGAAGUUGGUAUAUCGCGAUCCCUUGCCGACGUGGGUAAGCAAACAUGCGAGGAUCCUGCUGCUCGGCGAUGCCGCACACCCGUUCCUCCCUACUAGCGCACAGGGCGCGACGCAGGCGAUGGAAGAUGGCGUGACGAUCGCGGUGUGCCUGAAGCGGGCCGGCAAGGGCAACGUACCAGCUGCCGUGCGGGUGCAUCAGGAACUUCGGUACGAACGUGUUGGGAUCGUACAAAAGACCGGCGAGUCCACACGCGACAGGUGGCACAAGACGGACUGGGAGAAAGUGGCAAAGGACCCCAAGAGCAUUGCCUUUCCCCGCGAGGACUGGAUUCAUGGUCACGACGCCGAGAAGCAUGCCGAGGAAGGGUUCGACGACAUCUUCAAGAAGGUUACGCAACCGGAGCUGUUUGAGGAUGUCAAGCUGCUACCUGUCGGCCCUAUCGCUGUGACCGUAUGA